CAUACACUGUAGGCUCAGUAACAAAAUGGAUGACCAAUAUUGCUGUUGCAAUUUUGGCAUAUACGGAAUAAGCAAUGAAGAGUUCAGUUCUGGAUCUUUAUGGCACCUGAACUUUGCACUGGACCAGGGGAAAACAAUAAAACAACGGUUGGAAUUGCAACUUCCAUGACUUGAGUUUUACAUGUCUUUUUCUAGAUUGUGGAUUAAGAUGGGGAAAAAAACAGUUCCAUAUUUUGUUUUGCUUUUAGUUUCUGUGUUUUUAGGGGUCAUCCUUAUUCAAAUAUUUACCGGACAUAAAUUUAUGGACAUAUUGCCAGCUAUGCACAGUAGUUCUGAAACAAACAAAUACAGUUUGUUUUCUAUAACUCCCAUUAGACACUCAAAACAUUUAAUGGUGUCUACAUUCAUCGAUCACAGAAUCAAUAAGGCCAUUCGAGUUAUCAGCAUAAUCAGAAGGGACAGUCUGCAGCCUCUUUACUGCAUCUACUGUAACAAUGACCAUAACUGCCAGACUGCUGAGGCUGAAGUCCAGAUACACGUUGACCAUUUUGGCUUUCCAUUUGGAGCCUCAGAUGUCCUGUGUCAUGGCGCACACACUCAGAGUGCAACACGUGUAGCCAUUUCAACCAGUGCAAACAUCUCAGAGAUUCAUAAUGAAGAUUUCUUGCCCAUCAAGAAUGAAAAGACCCAUGAAUCAUUUAUGUUCAAUUUCACUGUCUGUAUCUCCAGCCUUUUUGAUAGCUACAAUAAUGUUCUGCAAUUUGCCCAAACAGUGGAGAUAUACAAACUUCUAGGUGUUCAACAUAUAGUUAUCUACAAUACGAGCUGUGGACCUGACCUGGAGAAACUCUUACAGCAUUAUAAGAGGGAAGGAAUUUUAGAGAUUGUUUCAUGGCCUAUUGACCAUUUCCUUAACCCAUCUAAAGGAUGGGACUUUAUGUACCAUGGUGGAGAAAUCCAGUAUUAUGGCCAGUUGGUAACCCUCAAUGAGUGCAUCUAUAGAAACAUGUAUCAGUCCAAAUAUGUUCUUCUGAAUGACAUUGAUGAAAUCAUUAUGCCUUAUAAGCAUGCUAACCUUCAAUUACUGAUGGAGGAACUUCAACAGCAGCACAAAGACAUGGGUGUGUUUUUCAUUGAGAGUCACUUUUUCCCCAAGACACAAUUUGAAGAGAGUGGUCGAUUCAGUCGGCCAGAAUGGAGAAAUAUACCCGGUGUUAAUAUUAUGGAACAUAUUUAUAGAGAACCAGAUAGAAAAGACUUAGACAACCCCAGAAAAAUGAUUAUCAAUCCAAGGACUGUAGUGCAAACAUCAGUGCACUACGUACCCCAAAAAUAUGGAGAUGUCUUUUUUGUGGCUUUUGAUGUGUGUCGAAUUGUUCAUGUAAGAUCACCACAACAAGGGACUCUUACCAAAGAUCAACUGGUUGUUGAUAAAAGGGUGUGGGACUUUGCCUCAGAACUCAUACCAAACAAGACUCUACAGGCAUCUGGUUUGAUGGAAAUUACAGAUUGAUAUGAUGUUCAUUUUAGUGUUUCUUUUUUUUUUUUCCUGUGGCAUUGCCUAUGUCAUAAAUGUAUGUAAAUGUCUAGAAUAAAGAAAAAAAAAGUACAAUUGUGUUACCAAAAUUUAUAUAUGGCCUAUAUUGUAAAUGUUAUUUGAUUGUCCUUUUACACUUUAUUAUCAACUUUCUUAAUGCCACAAGUAGAUACUCCAACCUUAGAAGGCUGCUCCCCGAAUUUGAAUAUAUAUUACACAUUUUUUUUCAAAGGCUUUUGUGUAGUCAUUGCUGUCUCCUGCAUGUAUUAGCAAAAUUGUUACAUCAGCAAAAAUUCCUUUUGUAUCCAAAGCCAGACAAUCAUUUCAUGCAGUUUCUUCAAUACAUUAGAUUGUAACAGAGUGAAUUUCAGAGGUCUGUUGUUGUUCUUGUAUUCAGAAAAUAAUACAUUCAUAUAGCUCCCAUACAUUAUGAUUACAUUUAUAUCUUACCUUAUUUAACAUUUGGAUUUCAAUUUACAUUUUGGACCACUUUAUUUCAAUAAGGGGACAUUACAACCAUG